AUGCGACAAAUCUCUGCCCUGACACUCCAUUCCACGGGAGCCAGGAAUGGGAGACAAAACAGAAUCUCUCAAAGGAUCUUCGUUCCAGAACUCCUCCUUACACUUCUCUUAUCUGCCUUCAUAUCAGUGGGAACCAGCAGUGGUAUACCAGGUGCAGAAUAUGACUAUGGUGCUCAUCCAAAAUUUGUGUGCACACCCAUCCCUGCUGAUGCGGAUCCCAGCUGCUUCCCUGCGGGGGGCGCUGCAGGAGGAGCCGGGCCUGCGGCCAAUGGGAACGGACAUCACGGGCCAGGUAGCGGAGGCUCCAAUGGCUGGUGGGGAAUGACAGAGGAGGCCAAAACCACCAUCCUGCACCUCCGAGAGAGUCUGGUCCAGCAGAAGGAGACCAUUCUGGACCAGCGGGAAACCAUCAGGGAGCUGACCGCCAAGCUUACCCUUUGCGAAGGUUUCGGGAGGGGCAUGGGGGGCCACGACGACCACCACGGCCCGCACAUCCCUCACCACCCCUCUCCGCACCACCCCUAUCCCGACAACGGUCACCACUUGCAGGGUCACCAUAGUAACCACAUCUCAGACCCUCACUACCCACUGGCUGGCCACCGCUCUGACCCCCACCACAGGAAGGCUGCCCUGGGAGGGGGGGACAAACACAGUGCGGACAUGAUCUCCUCCUCACCUGAGCAGAUGGGGAGAAUGCUGCAGGCCCUGAAGGACAGGCUGGAGAACUUACAGCAGUCCAGGAAUACAUCCAGCUCCUACUCCAGCUCCCUGAGAGACCUCCUGCAACGCAAGAUAAAUGCUUUGGAACAACAGAUGCACCAUCACUCCACCUCCCAUGGCAGCGAUGACCACCAUGAUGAUAACGACCACCAUGAUGAUCACCAUGAUGAUGGUCAUCAUGGUGAUCACCACGGUGAUGAUCACUAUGACGACCACCACGACGACCACCACGAUGACCAUCAUGACGACCAUCAUGAUGAUCACCAUGAUGACCACCAUGACGAUCAUCAUGACGACCACCACGAUGAUGGCCAUCACGAUGAUCACCAUGACGACCAUCAUGAUGAUGGGCACCAUGAUAAUGAAGCAGAUGGCCAUGGCUACGGCCACGCCCCAAGGAUGGCUUAUCAUUCACAGGGACCUCGACCUGCUGCCCAUGGGCUGCACCCCAACAAGCUGGAUGCUGUGCUGAGUCACCUUCACCACAGAAACUCAGACACAGGGUCUCGCAAAAAGCCAAAAAGCCCAGAUGCCUUUCAAAUAGGCUUCCCCAUGCGGACCAACUAUAUGUACGGCCGUGUCAAACGAACCCUUCUCCAUGAAAUAUUCUCCCUCACCCUCUGCUUGUGGCUUAAAGGAGGAGUAGGGCCCGGUUUAGGGACCCCAUUCUCCUACUCUGUGCCAGGACAGGCAAAUGAAGUGGUAUUGAUAGAGUGGGGCAACAAUCCUAUGGAGCUUCUGGUUAAUGACAAGGCGGUGACACUGCCACUUUCUCUGAGCGACGGGAAGUGGCACCAUGUGUGUGUGACGUGGUCGACACGAGACGGCCUGUGGGAAGCCUACCAAGACGGGGUGAAGAGAGGGUCCGGGGAGAACCUCUCCCCCUGGCACCCCAUCAAACCCGGCGGGGUCUUCAUACUUGGACAGGAGCAGGACACCCUUGGUGGGAGGUUUGAUGCCACGCAGGCCUUCGUCGGGGAAAUUUCCGACCUCCAAAUGUGGUCCCAUGUGCUCACGUCUCACGAAAUCUACAACCUGGCCUCCUGUGGAAGCCACAUGACCGGCGAUGUCAUUGCCUGGACGGAGUCUGCGGUCGAGCUGCACGGCGGGGUCACCAAGUACCCCUUCGACCCUUGCCACUGA